GUAACUGUACGAGUCCCUGGGGAGGGGGCCAGUAAUAGUGAGUCAUCCGUUAGCCACAUAAGUGUUAAGCCGCCGCCAUUUUAUCCGGAUAAGCCGACUAUGUGGUUCGCUCAGCUGGAUGGUCAGUUCAGCUUGACAAAGAUUACGAGUGACACUACCAAGUUUUAUCACGCCAUAUCCGUCUUGGAAUAUAAAUAUGCGGUUGAAGUGGAGGACAUUAUAACCAACCCGCCGGCGAGUGAUAAAUAUGGUACGCUUAAGCGAGAACUUAUAGCUCGUUUGUCAAGUUCUAAGCAAGAGCGUUUAAAGCAGUUGAUGUCGAAAGAGGAGCUCGGUGACAGGAAGCCGAGCCAGUUUCUGCGGCAUAUUCGGAGCCUAGCGGGUGCAGAUUAUCCGGAUGAUUUUAUUCGUCACUUGUGGAUGAGUCGAUUACCUACGGUGUUGCAGAGCAUAGUCGCUUAUCAGGAUAAUUUACCCUUGGAUACCGUGGCCCAGAUGGCGGAUAAGGUGCAUGAAGUUACACCGCCCGGACCAGGUUAUCAGGUGGCCGCGGCAUCGUCAUCGAGUGUUCCAGGGUCUGUGAUCGACCAGUUGCACCAGAAAAUUGACGCAUUGGCGUCAAGGCUUGACGCGAUGUCCACCUCCCGGGGCCGCCAGGGCCAGCCCCGGUCGAGGUCCCGCGGCAAGCCACGUAAUCGUUCCAGGAGCCGGCCGCGGGCCAGCAAGCCCAGCGGCGACGACCAGCGUCUGUGCUGGUACCACUACAAGUAUGCGGACAAGGCAGAUAAGUGCAUUUCCCCCUGUGCGUAUUCAAAAAACUAGUAGAUCGGUCGCUCGUAGCGGCCAGUGAAAGUGUUCCAGUGUCAAAGCGUUUAUUUGUUACUGACGCAAAAACAAAAUUGCAGUUUUUGGUGGACACCGGGUCCGAUCUAUGUGUUUUCCCGGUUAGUUUUAUGCGUGCGCAACGUCGUCAUGUUAAGACUGAUUAUGAACUUUACGCUGCAAAUAAUACUACUAUUAGCACUUAUGGCUGGCUUACCUUGUCGCUUGAUUUUAAUUUACGCCGUAUGUUUUGUUGGCGCUUUGUAAUCGCUGACGUGAGCAAACCUAUUAUCGGGGUGGAUUUUCUCUCGUUUUAUAAUUUGCUUGUCGAUGUUCGUUAUGCUCGUUUAGUCGACGGAAUAACUUUGCUCUCAUCAGCCGGCGUAGAUGCUUCAGCUUGUGCUUGCGCACAGAUUAAAGUAAUUUCUGGUAGCACGCCGUUUCACGCCCUACUUGAGGAAUACCCGGACAUUAUUAAGCCUGCCGGUAAUCCUCAAGAGCGUAAAUGUAAACACCAGACGCAGCACUAUAUCAAGACCACGCCAGGUGCGCCUGUGUUUUCAAGGCCACGGCGUUUGGCACCGGAUCGCCUCAAAAUCGCGAAGCGGGAAUUUGAAGAUAUGGCGCGUUCGGGUAUAGCGCGACGAUCGGAGAGUCCUUGGUCGUCCCCGCUGCACUUGGUACCUAAAAAGGACAACGGCUGGCGUCCUUGUGGCGAUUAUCGCGCUCUUAACGCACGGACUGUCCCAGAUAGGUACCCAGUGCGGCACAUCGCUGAUUUCUCGCAUAAUCUUUUUAAAUGCAAGAUAUUUAGCAAGUUAGAUUUAGUGCGCGCAUAUAAUCAGAUCCCCGUCGCGCCUGAGGACGUUCCGAAAACGGCAAUCACGACACCCUUUGGACUUUUCGAAUUCCCAUUUAUGAGUUUUGGUUUGCGCAAUGCGGCGCAAACAUUCCAACGGUUUAUGGAUGAAGUCCUUAGGGGUCUUGAUUUCUGUUUUCCGUUUAUCGAUGACGUUUUAGUAGCCUCAGUCAACGACUCAGAACAUGAAGCGCAUUUACGAGCGGUUUUUGAGCGUUUCAAUGACCACGGUAUACUGCUUAAUGCUAACAAAUGUGUAUUUGCGGUACCUGAAGUAGAGUUUUUAGGUUACCUUGUUUCGUCGGAGGGUACUAAGCCUAUAGGAUCUAGGGUAAAGGCUAUUCAAGAUUUUCCUAGGCCUAAAACGAUUAAGGAUCUGAGGCGUUUCCUAGGGGCACUUAAUUUCUACAGGCGAUUUAUUACUGGUGCUGCUAAAUUGCAAGCUCCUCUCCAUGCACUGCUAUGUGGUCCAGGGGUGAAGAGCAACAGCCCGGUCGCCUGGACUCCGGAGUCGGAGGAGGCUUUUAAUGCUUGCAAGACAAGUAUUGCAAAUGCCGCUCUUCUGGCGCAUCCGGACCCUUCCGCUCCGCUAGCGGUAGUUACAGACGCUUCAGAUUUCGCGAUUGGUUCUGCGAUUCAGCAGCAGGUUGAGGGACAUUGGCAACCAUUGGGAUUUUUCUCUCGCAAGUUGACACCCGCUCAGACGAGGUAUAGCUCCUACGAUCGCGAACUUUUAGCCAUUUAUGAGGCAGUGAAGUACUUUAGGUACAUGAUCGAGUUAAAGCCGUUUUUUAUACUCACUGACCAUAAACCUAUAGUCUCCGCUUUUAAAAAGUCUCUCGAUUCGUGUUCUCCGCGGCAAUUCCGAUAUUUAGAUUUUAUUUCGCAGUUUACGUCGGAUAUCAGGUAUAUAUCGGGCGAAGAGAAUGUCGUCGCGGACUCACUAUCGAGGAUUGGUGCCAUCACAGACGGACUUGACUUGCAGCUUUUAGCUGCGUCGCAGGCCGCGGAUACGGAGCUUCGGGACUUAAUUAAUGGCGGUUCAUCACUGAAUUUAGAAA